AUGCCACUCAAUACCCUCCGUCUCAACCAUCAGAAAUCCUCCCAUCCCAAUGAUCGCAUCGUCUUCAUCAAACCCCUCCCCCGACCUCCCUCAGAUCAAGCCUCCUACGAUCUAGCGGAUACAUUUCUCCAUGCCAUCGCCGCACAAUGUCUCCCCAUCAUGAAAAACCACUACCUCUCCGUCACCACACUGGAAGAAUACGAACCUAAUCCUGAAUUUAUCGGCCGCAACUUCAACAACGGUGAGAUCAUCCAGUUGGUCCUUCGAAGCAAGAGUGGCGCAUGGGUUCCUUUCAAUAUGGUGCAGAUGGUCAUGAUGCACGAGCUGGCACAUAACUCGCACAUGAACCACGGCAGAGAUUUCUGGAAGACGAGAAAUCUGUAUGCAGAGGAGAUGAAGGGGCUCUGGUCCAGAGGAUACACGGGUGAAGGCUUCUGGGGUAGUGGGCGCACAUUGACGGACAUGGAUGCUGUCAUGGGCAACAAUGUCUUGAGUAGUGAGGAGCUCCAAGGCCUUCCCAUCUGCGGAGGCACGUACCGUAGCCGACGGAAGAAGCGGAAGGCUCCCACUCAGGACCGCCCCCAAUUGACCUGGAAGGAAAAGCAGGAGCGGCGGAUCGAAAAGAAAUUCGGCAGAAAUGGCGUCGCUCUCGGGGAGGAUGAAGAUAAGCGCCUCCAUCUCGAGAUCAACCGCAAGGGACCGAUCGGAGGGAAACCUCGAGUUGCCCAAAGCAAACGAGGCAGAGAGCUACGAGCCGCUGCGGCGCUGGCGAGAUUCGAGACGGACAAGAAGGAAGUGGCAGAUCUUCAACGACGCGGGAGAAAUGACUCGAGCGACAACGGAAUCGAUCACAGUGGUGGGGACGGUGACGAUUACGGAGACGUCGACGUCGACGCCGACCAAGAAGACGCAACGGAUGUCAACGGGCAGAAAUUACUCGACAGCCACGGCCACGGCAUGGUGCGUGUCCGUGACGACGAGGGUACAAAUGACAUCAACCUCCAGCACGAAAUACAGGAAAUGGGGUUAUUGGAUCGGUAUUUCAAACGAUUUCAAAAUCACAUAAACCCCCAAAGAAGUAAUCGAGAGGCUGAUGGUGAUGCCCGAACGGAGUCGACACCAAAAUCUGACACGGAUGUCGGUGGUGGUGCCAGUGCCAGUCACAGUGAUCCAGCCACUGGUGCUCAAAUCACCAUUCUCGACGGCCACGAGCGUGGAAAUUCUCCUGGACAUGGAAACGAACUUAUACUCGAACACGAUCAAUCAUCAAUCCAGCUUGAAUCAUCAACUCCUAAGACUUCUGCCUGGUCUCGGCGUCCAUUGACUCCGGCAUGGCCCGAUUCAGAUAAGACUUCUUCUUUCGAUGAGGAGCCCGCCACCCAGAACCAGAACGACAGUCCUGCCACGGGCCUUACCCCAGUGCCAGUGCUCAAACUCAGACCCGAGUCAGAGUCUAAGACUUCACGGACCGCUCCGUCUUCCUCGACAGAGUCGACAACAGAGCAGACCAUCAGACCUGUCAUUACCUCUGCCCGGUCCCAAUCACCAUCAUUAUUAUGGUCGCCUGUGAUAAACUGCCCCAUAUGCUCGCUCGAGAACCAUCGACUCAACGUCAUCUGUACGGCCUGCAGCCACGUGCUCGAUCUGCAGAAAGAUCCACGCUGCUGGUCGUGUCAGAGCGAAGCAUGCCGGACCAGCGAUUCCUCGUACCUAAACCCCGGUGACGCAGGAGUCUGCGGAAUCUGUGGUAUGAGGAGGAAUAAUGUUUGA